UCAAAUCUUUAUCCAAAGUUAACUCAGUUACGAAGACUCCCUUGAUUGCUACUAUUUGCUCGGGAGCGGUGGCAGGUGUGAUAACAACUUUCAUAGAUCUGGCUCAACUUGUGGAUUUUAGCACAAUUGAAUCAUUAUUGUCAUACACUAUUGUACCUGUGUCCGUGCUCGUUUUAAGGUACAAGGCAACUGAUGAGAUCAAAUUGGAGGUUUCUGCAGAAGAAAGUAUAAUCCCUAAAUCGAAUAUUAUCCAAAAAUUAUUCAAUUUGAAUAACCAAACAGCUUCAACGAAGGAAACGUCACAUAUAGCCAACUGUGCUAUUUUGUUAUACGUUCUAACUGCAUUUUUCUUCACAUGGAUAUUGGUUCACGGAGUUAGCGUUCUCCCAGAAGUUAUGUAUUACAUUUGCCUGUCAUUUACAAUAAUUGGAUUACUACUGCUGAUAAUCAUAAUGUUGAGGCAACCGGAAUCUAAUGCUACAUUACAUUUCAAGGUGCCAUGCUCACCCUUCAUUCCGUGUGCAAGCGUGACUUGUAAUAUAUACUUAAUGAUGCAACUCAACUUGUUUACAUGGAUUGGAUUUGUAUCGUGGUUAGUAAUUGGUUCUUUAGUAUAUUUUGCCUAUGGAAUGAGGCAUAGUGAAGAAAAUCUCGACAAAUAAAGAAAACAUGUGAAUUGUUUAUUUUAAUACGAGCUGUAUUGAAAAUAACCUGAUAACCUGCAUCUGAAUAGUGGUAAAAAUUGCAUUAAUGUUAUUGUUUUUGUGAGCCACAUUAUUUAAGAAUAAACAAUUAACUAAGUGA